AUGCACGCCUCUGUUUUGCAGCAGCUUUUCGCAGCAACGCGGGAGAGCUGCAAGACAGUAGCAGAGCUAGUGGACGAAAAAGGCGCUGAGAGUCUGGACGAGAACGACGUGCUCGCAGUCUUCAGGCAGGAGUUCUACUGUCCAGGCCGGGGACCGACAGGUACACUUUCUUCAAGUUGUCCUUCUUUAGAAUUGGCAAGUGAUGCACCAAAGAACCACCUACGUGGCGGAAUCUGCGAUCAGCACGACGAAAAAGCGGCCGUUUACCUCUGUGGUCACUCUUUAGGCCUUUUACCCAAGCGUGCUUAUAGACUUGUUUCUGAACACCUUGAGCUGUGGGCCCGUCUGGGCGUUCGGGGACACUUCGAAGGGCCGGACCCAUGGUACACUUUCGACGAGAGGCCACUAAAUGUAGGCGGUGCGGAGAUCGUUGGCGCGCUACCUCAUGAGGUUGUGUACAUGAACUCGCUAACAGUUAACCUUCAUCUAAUGAUGAUUGCUUUCUAUCGCCCAACGGCUAAGCGUCAUCGCAUCCUCAUCGAGAAGCAUUCUUUUCCAUCAGAUCGAUGUGUUGUGCUGUCACAGGUCGCCUACCACGGUUAUGAUCCGGCAACGGCAAUACUAGAGGUAGGAGCGGGCUCUGAGGACGCCGGGCUUAUCGAUUUGAAUCAACUCGAGUCUGUUUUGAACGAAUAUUCAGAUGAAAUUGCUCUGGUCUUGCUCCCUGGCGUGCAGUACUUGACCGGUCAGCUGCUACCGAUGGAGGAGCUUGUGAACAUCGUGCGAAAGACAUCAAAAGAUAUAAAGAUUGGAUUUGAUCUGGCCCAUGCAGUCGGGAACGUCGUCCUGAAAUUGCAUGAGUGGGCGCCAGACUUUGCCUGCUGGUGUUGCUACAAGUACAUGAAUGGUGGACCCGGUGCGGUAGCCGGAUGCUUCGUGAACGAAAAGCAUACCUGUGCCACGGAUUUAGAGCGAUUGCCUCGCUUGUGCGGAUGGUGGGGCCUCGAGCGCUCGUGUCGCUUUGAAACGCCGCGUGCACUCUCACUGCCGAGCGGCGCGAAGAGCUUUCAGUUGAGUAAUCCACCGAUCCUCGCACUUGCCCCUGUUGUGGCCUCGUUGGAGAUUUUUCGGAUGGCCGGUGGAAUGCAAGCAAUUCGCCAAAAGUCCGUGCUGCUUACAGGAUAUUUGGAGCUUUUGUUGGAGCAACUAGUGAAAGAAAAAGUUUUGAUCAUCACACCUCAGGACCCAAACAGCCGUGGGUGCCAACUUUCCCUCAAGUUGAACUGCUCCGCCACUGCCAAGGAGCUGUGCGAAAGGCUCGCGAACGAGGGAUUCAUCUGCGAUGCACGUGAACCGAAUAUUUUGCGCGUUGCCCCGGUUCCUCUGUACAACUCCUUUAGCGAUGUGCACUCGUUCGUGCGUGCUCUCGUUCGCCUAACCAGCAUUCCCUGA